AUGAGGGAUCAGCUACGUCUCUUGCUUAUAUCCCGCCAUUCGUAACUGUACCUUCCUAUAAGCUUACUUUCCUAGCCUUUCAAAGUUACUGGCAAGUUAUGUGAAAUAUUUCAAGUACGCUACCAAAACAGGAUGCCCAUAUGGAAAAUUAUCAAAUGCAUCAUAAUCUGACCUUGUCAUGGUUGUAAACUUGACAGACAAACAUCAACAAAUGGAACACACCGAGAGUACGGAAGAUCCCGAAGCUUGAAACUGCGAUCAUCCUUUAAUUAAUGAACGACGCCGUUGAAGUAUCAUAGCAACAGUGCGCUUUGCGGAGGAGGCUGAAAAUAAGGUUGUCUUCAAACAUUUAUGCCGCAUGUUUCGGUGGUCAGGAUCGAUAUAACUGUGUUCCGUCCAUUUAGUUUCUUUGAUUGCCCCUUUGGAUCCUACACCUACGGAGAGAGGGUGUGCUCCACUUUAAACAUUCAUUCUAAUGUUUUUUUGCGACCAGUGGGCCUCAUCGUUUGUAGGCAUGCAGUAGUAUGGCUGUGGGGAAUUUUCGCAUUUAUUGGCUCACUUGUGUGCACUCUAUUUAAAUCCGGGGGAACUCUUUCACAAACUGGAUCGUUUUUCUCUUUUUUAGGUCCUUACUUUUCUCUUGUACUUGCCUUUUAGUAGUUCUUCAAGAAACAAUAAUGCUGACCCGAGUGGCUUGUCGUUCAGUUCGAAAUUUCACCAGUUUGCUUCGACCUUCCUCUUGUUUACCUCUUACCACUCCUCGGAAUUGGAAAUCAGGACUUCGAAGUCCUGCUGAGGAUGACAUUCUGCGCGAAUCCUCAGCUGUCAGUUUACUUGCACGGCACAAAGUUGUUAGGCUGGUCACUGAAGAUCUUCCGAAGGAAUUUUCCUGUCUAAUCUCUCCUGGCGCAGAUUUCGAAUUUGCCGAAAUUCCAAGUGACAAACUUAAGUCUUUAAUUCGAAAGACGGGGUUUUCUCUGCUCUUAGUAAGUGUUAAUUAAUUGCAUACCUGUUUCAUCCUAAUAUCCACCUGGUAGCAUUACUUUAAGUAUGGUCGAACUCUCAAAUAACAGUAGGUGGUUUCGAAAUCUUCAUUGGUAAAGUGCUAUCAGCUUGCAUAAUGCUGUUUAUUGGUACUGUAUAUUCGGUUCUUCGGCCAUCAAGCGGUCUGCCUCAUGCAAUAACAGCUUUUGCCUGAAUUCGGUGUGUUCAGCAACAAUACGCUCUAUCCAACUGUCUCCAACAGUCACCACCUCCCUGCUCACCGGUUGAUGUUUUACACUUAAUUACCUCGAGCUCAUGAUCCACGAACAGAGUACCUUGCCACAACAGUUAGUAAUAUCCGAAGGGACUCAGCUGACCAACAGAAAGUUCAAAGACUGGUGAAUUCCUUUCUUAAGACGACAAGUCUGACAACCAUAAUCAUUCUUUGGCGGUAUCUGACCCCUAAUGGACGUCAAGUCUAAUUAUCCGCUUACGAAUUAUCCACACACCCAUCUAGGUUGAAGAUACUCCAACUCCGGUCUUCAAAAUUGGAACGCCGGCGUCGGGCUCUGUUCCAGCCGCCUCGGCCUCUGGCGUCAAGUCGAAGCACCUUAGACUACGUGCACAGAUUGAUGACCACAUGUUGGAAAUCAAAAUAAAGCAGGCAAAGGAAUUGUUGCAGCGGGGUUAUCCCCUUUCUGUUGUCGUACGCCUGUCCCACAGGGAUAUCGAUCGCGCCGGACAGCUGGACGACGCAGAAAAAGAUAGGCUGAAAAAGGUAAGUCGCCUUCCCAUUCACCUAUCUCCGCCCUGUCAUCGUCAAGUUAAUUACCUAUUCACGUAUACCGGCAGUCUCUACCCGAUCAUAGAAAAAUAGUGACCGACCUCGCACAAAACGUUUUUUCUACUUAUUGUCGUUAGGUAUUGACAUCCAGACUUCCAGACUCACUUUCUAACCUUUAACUACGCCGUCACUUUCGAAAUUGCAUCGCAUGAAUUGAGAAAAAGGGGAUGUCAUCACUGGAACAAAAGUGUUAUUCGUUUGACGUUUCGGACUCGAACCAAUCAUCAGAGACAACGGCAGAUAAGGGUGAUGCACACGCAAGGGGUACUGUACUUAUAGGGCGCUGUUACUAUGCUACCACACAAUUGUCACACUUAACCACCUCCUCAUUCGUCGACUGUGGCCUUACUCGGUGCGACGAUUGCUUGACUGUCCGUACACGAUUCGCGAGCUGCUGUAAUUUAUUCGCCAGUUUUUUUCAUUGGCCUGAUAAUUAUUCCGUAAUUUGGCAUAUUAUACUAUCAGAGAUGACGACAGCUGAACAGGUGGCAGUUACAGGCAUCUAUAACCUAUCAUCGACCGAUGCCGCAUGUGUGAAGAUGGCUGUGCAGGGACACAGGAAGCGCGGAAUCGGUCCACCACUUCCUGUCUAAACAGCUGUCAGGAUGACAACUGCGAGUGCUAAAGCAUAAAACCUUCUAAACCGCGGAUGCCGACCCACCAGACUUCAGUGCAGCCCUGAAAGCCGUACUUGUGAGAGCCGGGGGAACCGAUGACAACAAAAACUCUGUCCGACAGGAUAGCGAAAAAGAGUGCAGCGAGUGUAUCUGGGAGUACCUGGCGUUGGUGUGCUGGGUGCAGUGCGAUGGACUCGCAGGUGACCGACCAGGCCAAUGCGCGGGAUGACUGUGCGAUCGCAAUUAGGACAGGUUGGAACUGAGUCCACACCGCUGGAGGUGAGGAUAGUGAUGAUGAGGGUGGUGGUUGUCGGGUCUUCGGGAGCGUCUUGAAUGAUGACGGAAGUGGGAGUAGGGGUUGUGGUGGUUGGCUCCAACACAAAUCUGCUAUCCUAGCAUAGUAAGCUUCUCGCCUCACUUCAGACCUGUCGCGGCAGCAUAACUAGUAGACAGACCCUAGCCUGUACGACGCUCGGACCCGGUCCCGAAUAGAAAGGGAAGUUGCGCGCCAGUAGAUAAAACAUUGUGUUUUGUGCAGAAUGAAUGUAGAACACGUCGGAACAGGCUGGCGGCCAGACGAGGACACACGCCCGGCCUCUCCGUUGGAAAGGCUUGUGCGAGGGCAGGUCUUAUUCGGUCUUAAAGUCGGUUAGCCGCUGUAAUUGGCCCAUAACCAGGCUGCCAUUGGGACGCGCGAGGCGCAGUGUUGCAACAAGCGCCCAGAGUAGGGUCAUUACAGAUCAGAAAACUCGGACGGACGAAACGAUUGUUUCUUCCGGUGUCAAGGCACCAACACCCAGGCCAUAUAAAUUGGCACGCGAAUUUUUGCGCCAGAAACUAGAAGGUGCAUGCAAUUAAAUCAUAGCCCACUCAAGGUGGAUCAUCCCAUGAGACUUUCGAAUUAGGCCUCAAAACAUUUACUAUGCUGAAUAAGCCUGUGAUCAGACCAAAAUAAUUCCAGUGGGAUCUCCGAUCCUCUGUUUAGUAACUAAACUAGCCCAACAGGAGCUAGCGAAAACCGCCUUCAGCCUGCGUGAACCGAUCUGGCGUUGUUACGUCGAGGCCACGUCCGUCAACGUCAGAAAUAGCGUGCUAUGAGUGGAAGGGGGCAACAGCUACUCUUUCUCGAUGCGUUCACCAGGCAACCCAUUGGCGAAAAACAGACACAACGGUUUACGGGAAGGCGGCAAACACUGUAACACUUGUCAGCCUUUACGGCAAUCAUCCGGUGGCCCGCAGGCGAAACUGUGUGAACGCUCUCCGAACGGAUUCGGAUUUGCGAGUCGACUGCUUCGCGAAUCGUGCUGGAGUCUGUCUCGACUUUAUGCUGUGAACCUGUUUAUAGUAUGUGGUGUUGGUGUCGCUCCGCCGGCGAGGUCGAUUACCAUAGUCCGCCGAAAUGCGUCACCGGCAAAACAUAAAAGCUCAUCGGAAAUUUCGCGAUGUGGGGUCACUGCCCACUGCGAAUAGAUGUUGUAUGCGAAAAUCCAUAACCGUUUACGAGGUUCGUAACCUUUUAUUUGAGUCGCGCCCGUUAAAUGCUGCGUCAUGUAUUGGUGACUGUCCUCAUUUUCCUCCCUAGUAUCACAUGCGGUCUCUAAAAUUUGUGUGGCAGACGGUCUGUGGCUCCCCUAAUCCGUAACUUAAAGACGGUGACUAUCCGGACGAGAAAGCAAUGGUGACUACUGAAAAUAUGGUGACUCCCCGCCAUGAAAGAAACUCUAGCACAAGCCCACCUAGUAUAAAGAUACUUAGGCUUUUCGUCACUCCCCAGUAGACCGUGAACACAAGAAUUACUUUGAUGGUGGAACCCAUUUACCCCAUCAGCAGUCAGUCGGUGUGGACUGCAGGAUGCAUUAAUACAUAUUAUUAAUACAUUAUUAAUAGGCUUUGGCACAGUUAACUCGCAAGCCACUUUGAACGCACACUCUAACGGUCCUGCAGCCAGUGAAUGUUGGGUAGGCCGAGCCAAACAUGCGACACUACCAUGGCACAUUGAUUGUGUUACGGAACUGCACAUUGAACGCAAAGCACUUUUGGUGGCAUCUUAGAUCGCAUUGCAAAAUCUCUUGACAGACCGCCUUCCUUCAUGGGAAGAAUUUAUCGUCCUUUUGGCCGUCAGGACAGUUCGAAUUUACUGUAAGGCGCUUCCGCGCACUCGGCCCGCGACAUUGAUAGGAGUUGGAGUCUUUGAUAACUCACGCAUCGGUCGUACUCCCACAGACUCAUGAGGACGAGUCGUGUCAGGGCUGGCAAUACCCCACGGGCAAACGUUUAUUGAAGCAGGAAGAGAAGCCAUAAUUCUCGUCAUGACUUUCAGUUCAAGGACAAGUUAAGCUCUAGUCAACAGAUCAUCGUCUAUUAAUUUUGGUACCUGGGUACAUUUGGUCGACUUUUAAUUGUAUCUUUAACAGGAGAAUUUUGCCAUUGACAAAGCUUCUUAGGACUUAGUCAAUAUUUCUAUUUUUGAAAGCUCCUGUACGACAAAAACAAACAAAGAUUCCUUCAAGCCUUCAAAAGCUGCAGCACCCGGCCGCCGAAAAUAAUCAAUACGGCUGACUACAAGGAAUUCACGAUCCUCUUCUCCUCGGGAUCCUAG